GUUCGAGCGCGUAAGGUUCGCCUAACCUAGCAUAACAGAGUUAGCUUAGCAUAGUCAAUGUUUAAGGCGGCUGUUUGUUGACAUUGUGUUUCUGCUGCAUCUGACCAAGUGCAGGUCGGACACAUGGACAUAAUAAAGACAUAAAGUGGUCACUUGCGGUGUUUUGUUAUUCUGACGCGAUAGUAAAACGCUUCGAUGUAGCUGAAGAGAGAGAACGAGAAAAAAACAGGUGUGAAGAUGAUGCUGCCCAUAGCAAUGCUGAUGCUCUCACUCACUCAGAUCUUCAUCAUCACCUUCAUCAGCCUGCUGCCUGUGGAAGCCCACAUCACUGCAUAUUCUGGUGAUAAUCAGACAGAGAGGUUUGAUGAUGCUCCUGCUCGGUUUGGAUACAGAUUACCCAGCCAGGGCCUGAAGGGUUUCCUGAUUGGUGCAAGGCCAGAGAAUGGGUGCGUACCUAUUGAUCCUCCACCACCCAGAGAGAACUCCAGCGGCGUCUUCAUCGUCCUCAUCAAACGAUACCACUGCAAUUUUGACAUCAAGGUGUUGAACGCUCAGAAGGCAGGUUACGUGGCUGCCAUUGUUCACAAUGUCGACUCAGAGGAGCUCGUCAACAUGGGAUCUGAUGACUUGGAGGUGGUGAAGCAGAUCAACAUCCCGUCUGUGUUUGUUGGAGAAAAGGCUUCUAAGUCAUUACUGGAGGAGUAUAGUUAUGAGAGAGGAGGUCAUGUAAUCCUGAUGCCUGAUUUUAGUCUACCAUUGGAAUAUUAUCUGAUCCCGUUCCUCAUUAUCGUGGGAAUUUGUCUUAUUCUCAUUGUGGUCUUUAUGAUCACAAAGUUUGUUCAAGACCGACACCGAGCCAGAAGGAGCCGACUGCGCAAGGACCAACUGAAGAAACUUCCCAUCCACAAAUACAAAAAAGGUGAUGUCUAUGAUGUGUGUGCAAUCUGUCUGGAAGAGUAUGAGGAGGGGGAGAAGCUCCGUGUGCUGCCAUGUUCACAUGCCUAUCACUGUAAAUGUGUGGACCCAUGGCUAACAAAGACAAAGAGGACGUGUCCGGUGUGUAAGCAGAAGGUGGUUCCGGCAGGUUCAGAAUCGGACUCGGACUCGGACAGCGGCGGAGAUGAGAGUGAUGAGGUUUCUGAAAGCACGCCGCUGCUGCGCCCACACCCCCCUGCCCGAAUCCGCACCCCCUCUCUGGCCAGCACACACUCUGCCUCCACCGGGCCUCCUGACUGCUCCGACUCCGACUCCACUGAGGACGAGGAGGUGGGGGAGGGGGAGGUAGUCACUGUGGAAACAGUCGUGGUGAUGCAGCAGGAACGACCUGAUGAUGACCUCAUCAAUGCCUAAAGACAAGCCAAUCAGACUGCUAAUUAAUCUGAAUUGACAGUAUACCGCAUACACACACACACAGAGCACGGUUUAUGAUUUUAUUACAAAGGUAGAGUGAUGGAUUUGAAUGUUGUUUCCGAGAAAGACACACACAUACAGAGCUUUACAUUUAUCCAAAAUAAGGAUGUAACAGACUUUAUCUCUACCUAAAAAUUCUGCCUACAUAGGGACCCUUCUCCCGAAUGAAACCUAUUCUGAAGCGCUGAUGAUGAUGAAUAUUACUGUGUAUCAUAUAACUGAGUUUCGGCACACACGUGUCUUCUGUAGCACCUUCUUAUUAACCUUGCUUUCCUUUAUAGGAGUUUUAAUGAUUUUUUUUUUUUUUUUUUUU